AUGGCGGCCUCGGCGGCGCGUUCCCUCGCGCUCUUCUCCUCCGCCGCCUCGCUCGGCCUCGGGCGCGCCUCGUCCCGCCUCGCGCUCACCUCCUCCUCCUCCUCCCACUCGGGGCUUCUCCCCCGGCCGGCGCUCGCCUUCCGCGGGCGCUCCUCGUUCGCCGCCACGGCCGUCGUGAUGGGGAAGGCCGGCGCCGUCGACGCCGAGGCGGACGCGGGGAUGGACGCCGUCCAGCGCCGGCUCAUGUUCGACGACGAGUGCAUAUUAGUCGAUGAACAUGACAAUGUCAUUGGCCACGAGUCUAAGUAUAACUGCCAUCUCAUGGAAAAGAUAGAAUCAGGGCAUGCCCUUCACAGAGCGUUCAGUGUUUUUCUUUUCAACUCCAAAUAUGAAUUGUUACUUCAGCAACGGUCUACGACAAAAGUGACAUUUCCACUUGUCUGGACAAACACUUGCUGUAGCCACCCUUUACACCGUGAGUCUGAGCUCAUUGAGGAGAACUGCCAAGGGGUCAGAAAUGCAGCACAGAGGAAACUAUUUGACGAACUGGGAAUACAGGCUGAAGAUUUACCAGUUGACCAAUUCAUCCCACUCGGGAAGAUGCUUUACAAGGCUCCAUCUGAUGGAAAAUGGGGCGAACACGAACUGGACUACCUCCUGUUCAUGGUUCGGGACGUGAAGCUCAACCCAAACCCCGAAGAAGUGUCCGACGUCAAGUACGUGAACCGUGACGAGCUGAAGCAGCUGAUUAAGAAAGCAGAUGACGGGGAAGGUGGCAUCAAGCUGUCCCCUUGGUUCAGGCUGGUGGUGGACAACUUCCUGAUGGGCUGGUGGGAUCAUGUUGAGCAAGGGACUCUGAAGGAGGCUGCCGACAUGAAAGCCAUUCAUAAGUUGUAG